GUCAAGACCGGACCGGAUCAAGACCGGAUUGUAUCCAAUCCAAUCUUCGGUCCUUAUAUUUUCAAAAAAACCCGGACUGGACCGGAUCAAUUUGGUCCAAUUUAACCGGACCGGACCGUAUAGCCACCCCUACCAAAGAUCUUCUUAUGCAUGGGAUAGAGAUAGCGAGAGGAAGAAGAAUGUGAAUGAAGCGGAGGUGAAACUUUGAGUAAUAUUUCCCCCUUUAUUUCUAGGGCUACCUCCCCAUUCAAGUGAGGUAUCAGUUUCACACGAAUGAUCACUAUGAAGGAGAUUAAAAAAAAACAGAUAUUGGCAAAUUAAGCUCAUUGUGUUCUCUUCUUCUUCGCAUGCAACUUUGGAGCAUCAGAGAAGGACUCCCAGUGCAAUUGCAGAGUUGGAGGUUAGUGGAGUUGGGUUCUACAUGUUUCCUAUCUAGGUUUUUGAAAGAAUCUCAAUGUGAGAAUGACAAUUCGAGCUUUGCAUGUUAAUUUCCAUCACUCUGGCCGCCAUCGAAUCAUCGGAGGGAAAGAGUUCUUCUCUCGGAUAUGGAAGGGAAAUCGGCAGCAAACAACUUACCAAUCUGCUGGCUGGAUCCCCGGCUUAUACUGUAUCUAAUACCCUCCAUGGAAAUUGGGAGGAUUACGUUCACUUCGCCGGUCCAACUUGCCCAGCCGUCAGGGAAUCGUCGGAGGGGAUGAAAGGGAAAGAAACGGGUUUAAGGGCUAGCGUGGGGUGCACCAAGGUUAGGGUAGACCCGCCCGUAUCUGCCCAGACCCCCUUAAGUAUGCUUGCCGAUUAAUUAUUAGUAUUAUUAAUCCGCCAGUUUUGCUUAAGGGAUCCAGUAGGCCGCGGGCAGGUGUACCAUAAGCCUCCUGCGACCCAAUCCCACAAGAUUUUUUGCGCCCAAUUAUUUGCUUCUGCUCUCCAAUCUUUCCUUGGUCUCCCAGCGUAGGCUGACUGGCGGCGACGCAAGUUCUUCCCCUUCGGUCUUCCCGGGUGUAUCAUUGGAAUUCGAUCUAUACCGGUUGCCUCUCUUUCUAUCCCACCGGAAACACCGCAAGCAAGCGGUCCGGAUCACCGCAAGUCCCGAGCGCCCUCUUUCUUUCGUUUCGAAAUUCCCAUUAUCGUUUGUUUCCUUCUCAUCGUUGUCCUUUCUCUCCAAUUUCCCAUCCGUGAUUUUCCCCGUCGACCGACUGGCAAUUUGACCAGUUGGAUCCCCUGAUUUUAUCGUUGUGCUCCUCCCGUCUUCUGUUGGUGGCUGGCCAAAUAGCUAGCAGCGAUUUCCCUUCCGAAUUCGUAGAAGCAGAGUCAAUCGAUAGAAGCAGAGGCCAACAGAGAAGUGCCCUGUGUAUCGUACUGAUUCUCUUCUCUGCGAAAUCAAAGCGACCAAGAGAGCCUAAGUGGUAAAGAGUCUGAGCGACUUCUUACCGGAUCAUGGAUUCCCAAGUCCCAGCCAUUUUCAUACGGGUGGUUUAAUUUAUGACUCUGCUUUUCCAAUUGUUCAUCUAUGAUUUCAUCUCCUUUCACUUUUGCCCCGAUCGAAAGAUGGCGGUGUUUGAGAUUUGAUUAGUCCAGAUGGAUAGAAAGAGAAAAGAAGGACAGAAAGAGAAGCAGGUGGUUGUAGAAAGAUUAGAGUGUGGUUCAACCAAAUUUGUUGCUCCUCUUAAAACUUAAGAGCGUUGGUUAUCUAAUUUGGUUCAUUCUAACCUCCCGUUGUACAUAAAUAUGUGCAUGAAUUACACGUUGCACCAAAAACUUGACACUUGGGCACUUAAUUACCAGCAUGGAAUCAAUUCCUUAUGAUACCUUUUUUAUUCUGGAUCAGUUAAAAAAAAUGCUAUGUUUCUUUCUUCAUUAAUUAUUUUCUUUCAUCUUACCAUAAUACCAAUUUCAUGGUUUUAACUUUUAUCUAAUGAAUGAUACACAAUUGCUAUGUAAAUGUUUAGAUUAUUAUUGAGUUCGUAUACGUUCGAUUGUCGAAUAUAUAUGUUCCCAUUUUCAUUCGUAGACCGUAGUAUUCCAACUUGAGGGAGAAUUUGUACUUUUGGUCCAAUCGAGGUUCUUCACCACAAGUCCACAACUGAUAACUUGAGUAGCGAACUUUGGAGUUGCGUUUACUCUUCCAAAUCAAGCUUUGUUGGGCAUUCAAGAAGAUAAUCGAAAAUGAACGAAAAUGGUCCUUCGAAACGUUGUAAACAAAUUAACAAAUUUAAAGGAUAGUUCUAUAUAUAUUUCGUAACUAAUUAAAAUUACACCAAACAAUACUUUUAGAUCUUUACCAGACAAUACUUUUAGACCUUUAGCAGUCACACGCUGCUCAUUCCAUUUAUAUUUUGCGACAUACCCGCCGCAACGCGCAGGCCAUUAUUCUAGUACUAACUAAUUGUUUAAGUCCGAUAUAGGUAGGAGGAGGGAGGAUCAAUUAUGUGAAAGAAGACGAAUUAUUAUUCUUUGUUUCGUUUUUUUUUUUUUGUCAUGAUUUUGAUGUCUUAACUGCUCUACUAGAUUAUUCAUUAACAUUCUUCUGAUCAAGUAAUUAAACACUACUAAAUAAUGGACUUCGCUGUAUUAGCUCGAUGUAAAACCCCCCAACUUUUAGUUAAGGAUUGAUUGUAACUUUACAAACGUACACCUUAAAACCAUUACUUCGUAAAAAGUUAUGCUUUAUUUUUGUAGUUGUUUUCCAAAAGUAAGUUGGCACACCUUGUCAUAUAAUAUAAACUAGUUUUUUAGCUCGCGCUUUGCGGCGGUAAGAUUUACGUAUACUGAUAUACACUUGUUUAAUUGAUAUAUAAACAAUAAUUAUCACAUCAAGCAAGAAGAGAGCACAUUUGUUUAAACUAUUAUGUAGAAGUUAACUUAAACCUUUGUGUAGUGCAUAAUGGAUUAUAUGAUGAAUAUUGUAGUUAAUAUAAUUAAAGUUUGUUUGAUUGCUACAUAAGAAAUAACUAUUAUUCCAUAAGUUUGACGUAAUAUAUAUGUAAUUUCAUAACUUUUACAUAUCGGUGUUAGAUAAAUUAUAUGUAAUGUAUGGUCUAAUAAUAAAAUCAAAUUAUGAAAAUUGUCACAUUUGAUUAAACAAUUAUGUAAAAUUUAACUUAUCUUAUGAAAUCUUUACCUAAUGUAAAUUGAUAUUGUGAAUAUUUUAUUUACUGUAAUUACCGUUGUUUUGAACUUACCUUACGAAACUUUGUGUAAUACAAAUUGAUGGAGGAUAAUAAUAAGGAAUUAAGUUAUGAACUUUAUUUACAGAAUCAAGUUAAUAAUAAAGGAAUUCAUGAAAUUGAAGAUGCAACAAUUAAAUCAAAUACAUUUAGUAGUUACAUCAUGGAAUAGAGUUUGUGAAGAUAAUACAGGCAAUUUCUCAUUUGUUUGUGCAUACAGCCAACCAUAUGUUAUAACUCAGCCGAAGUUUUCAUCAAGACAUUUUUUUAUUAUUCAGGAACCUCAAUCCCACGUGUCAGUUUCUAGCAGCAAGGUCUACUAAACCUGGAGAGUACCUGAGUUCGUUAUCUAAACAUGAGUUUGUACUAAUUUAGCCUCUAUUCAUUUAAGAAGGCGAAACAAACUUUUCUCAAAUUGGAAUAAUCACAUACUAAAUUUUAUUGUAAAGUUUGUCUUAUGUAUUUGAAUGAAAUUGUUCACAAUUGUAAAAAAAAAAGGAAAUACAGCAACAAAAAGCAAUAUAUAAUAAUAGAAAAUCAUUAUAUUUGGUGAGUUAGAAGUUGCAUAAAUUUGUCAAAUGUGCUUAAAUCAUGCAUCAUCAUUAGGAGUUAUUGGAAUUUGAGAACAUGACCUUUGCCCUUUGGCCAUGAAAAUUAGAAUAUAAAGUUCCAAUUGUU